GUCCUAAUACAACUGUGUACGUUACUUUGCUACCUAGGUUACACGCAAUGGACAAGCCGCAAAUGAUAGCACAUAUAACUAAGUCUGUCGACUUUACGCUUUUCGAUUGUAAAUGGAUUCCGGUUAGUGCCAAGUUUGUAGUUGUUGGUUCAAAGCCUAGAGGAACUGGCGCUAUUCAAAUAUACGAUGUCUCUGCGAAAGAUAUUCAACUGGUAUCCGAAAGUGAAAAAAGUAGCUCUUUCAAAUGUUGUACAUUUGGUGCAUCCAUGCUCCCCCAAAGACAUUUAGCUACUGGAGCGUUUAACGGAAGACUAGCAAUAUGGGAUAUCAGUAGUGACGGACGCCUUGAUAAUCCAAUUUACGGCGUUCAAGCACAUAAAGAGAUAAUAAAUGCGAUAGACGGUGUUGGAGGACUUGGAGUUGGUGAAGGGGCUCCAGAAAUUGCCACAGGUAGCAGAGAUGGUGUAGUCAAGGUGUGGGAUCCAAGACAAGCCAAACUCCCAGUAGCAACUAUGGAACCUGUUUCAUCUGAUUGUAGAGAAAACUCAGUUACUGAAAGUAGACGGGAUUGCUGGACUGUUGCAUUUGGCCAUGCAUAUAAUAAGCACGAUAGAUGCCUUACUGCAGGUUAUGAUAAUGGUGAUAUUAAGUUAUUUGAUUUACGAGCCAUGAAGGUCCGUUGGGAGACGAACAUAAAGAACGGUGUCUGUUGUCUACAGUUUGAUAGGAAAGAUAUAUCUAUGAAUAAACUUGUCGCGACUACGUUAGAAGGAAAAAUACACGUAUGGGAUAUGCGAACACAACAUCCAAAGAAAGGGUUUGCAUCAUUAAUCGAAAAAAAUCAAGGUGCUACUAUUUGGCAGGUAAGCCAUCUACCACAGCAACGUGAUAUAUUUAUGACUGCUGGUGGGAAUGGAUCCUUAUGCUUAUGGCAGUACCAUUAUCCCAGCAAACGUCAGAAGAUAGUGAAGGAAGCAGAUCCAGAGGGGAACGGUGAUAUCGAAGUGUCACAAGGUGUAAUCGGUCACUUAACUCAGCUUCAGAAUGUCACCCUGUCCACUCAACCAAUAUGCAGCAUAGAUUGGUGCCCAGACAAGCUAGGAUUGGCAGUUUGUGUGGCAUUCGACCAAGCAAUCAGGAUCCUAAUUGUUACAAAACUAAAUAAACUCUAGAUAAACUAUUCUAAAGUUAUAACGUAAGCUGUAAAAUAGCAUGUAUAUAUUGAGGUUAUAUUAUCGUAAUUUGAAAAAUACUCCAUUUUUUGUACCCUGCCCUUACAAUUAAAU